AUGAAUGAGACGGGCUUUGAAUUGAUUGAUAGCAACGCUGAUGGGACAUUGCUAGAAUAUCUGGCCUUAGUUGAGGACCCGAGGAGAUUCGUGAAUACCAUUGCGGUCGAGUGUCAGCUUUGGCCACCGAGUUCAUUUAGCGCAAGAAAACGUAAAGCGACGGAAAAAAGUCUCAAGAGUAUUGUUAUUCGCGUGGCGAAUAUGGCCAUCUCGUCAUCAGACUUGUCUGAUGCAUGUGCACCAGCACAAUCUAUUGUGAAGGCCUCAUGCAUAGAAGCGUAUUCGGAUUUGAUUGACAUUGAAGCUCUAGAGCAAAGUUAUCACGAAAGAGAGAACGAAGGUCUGUGCCGUGAGAUUCAGGCGCUGUUAUGUGUCAAUAAAUCACUCGAGAAGGAGAUGCAAGAGCUGCGAUCGGAGUGCAUGGAGCAUGAGAGCAAUAAAAUCAAGACACUGGAGCAUGAACUCGAAAAAGUGGAUGAGGAGCUCACAUAUUUGCACUCUCAAUGUCGGUCGAUGAGAGACAUGAUUAGGAGGGCCAAUGCUGACCAAGGAAUCAAGAAGGAGUCAGCACAGCUUCAUGUUAGCCGCUCGUUUUCUUUUGCUUUCAGCCAGACAAUGCAACAAGUCAAAGACAUAGCGUUACCGCUUCAACAACAUUCGUCGACGGUGGUACACGGACUUACCAAGGCUGCAAGCUUUGUGAUUCCACCCACGGCAAAAUUGAGUCCCCACCGUGUUGAAAGAACAAAGAGCAGUCGGACGAUCUUAUCACUAAUUAAGGACACAACUGAUUCGACAGCAAAUCUGUUCUUCUCGACUCAGCACAGUGGAGUACCACAAAAAAGUGAAGUUUAG